GUGGUCAAAAUCGUAUUACCCGGAAGAAUGACAAAUGUUUAUUGCUAACGUUUAAGUCGAGGUGUCUUGCUACACAGAGGACGUUGGCUGACCAAAUAUGGCAUCUUACUUUGAUGAACAUGACUGCGAGCCCACUAACCCUGAAGAACAGUAUCGGCAGAAUGCUCUUCUUGAACUGGCCAGGUCUUUAAUGCAGGGCUUGGACCUGAUUGACUCAGCAGCGUUCGACUUAUCUGACUGGGACCAGCGGCUUCCUCCUCCGGCUGCUAAAACUGCUGUUCAGACGCUCACGGUGGUCAUCAUUUCUCCAGAACAAGCAGACAAAGGUCUAAAGUGUCCUGUGUGUUUGCUGGAGUUUGAGGAACAGGAGACGGUUCGAGAAAUGCCUUGCAAACACCUUUUUCACUCAGGAUGUAUACUCCCCUGGUUGGGCAAGACAAACUCCUGCCCGCUGUGCCGACUUGAAUUACCGACUGACAAUCCAGAAUAUGAGGAGUUUAAAAAGGACAAGGAGAGAAGAAAACAGAGGGAGCACCGGCUGGAGGACCUACAUGGAGCCAUGUACACAUGACACAACAGUGCUGUGGUGCAAGUUUGCUGCACACUGACAAUGUAGUGGGGAAAAAAAAACAGGUUCAAAAAAUGCAUAAAGCUGCCUUCACGCCAUUUCCUAUAGAUUGUAAUUACAAACAUAGGGAUGGGAAUGAGUCAGAGCUAUUGGGAAUGCGUGACAUCUAUAGUGUCUCCCAGCUGACAAAAAGAACUACACAACAACAAGGAAAUUGUUGGCAAACCAGCUGCUAGCCAACAUGACUGACAGCGCCACUUAAAAACAAACCAAUAUUACAAAUAUGUAACUGUCAAAAAAAAAAAAAAAUAGACCUAUUUUAUUUUUAUCUGAUGCGACUUCAUUGCUAGAAAUAGGAAUAACUAUCUUGGAAUAAUGUAUGAUGACUCCAGCUGGAGUAACGGGGAUUUCCUGUUCACCUGAUAUGGUGUGAAUGCAGCUUAAACAGCAGGGUCACUUAUCAUUUAAAAUGCCCUUUUUGCAAGAAUGAAUAUAUUUUAAGAUCCUGUUGACACUUAGCAUUCUGAAAUCUAUCAGCUCAGUCUCUUUAUUCCAUUUAUAUAAAUUAAUGAGCUUUAAAUGCACAAAACCAUCUGUUCAGUUGUAUUUGUCCAAUUCAUAUAAAAUAUUUAUGAAAAUAUAUAGAUUUUUCAGUGAUCUUUUCUGUUAGUUCUCCACCUACAAGUGAUCACUAUGCUGACUGUGCAGCAUCACGCAGAAGCCAAACCCAAAAAAGUUACUGCUCACACCUGUUGCAUCUGCAUAACUGUGCUGUGCUCCGUUUGUGCGUAACAGGCUCUAAACUUUAUGAUAGCAACUUCUAUGAAAUUGUUUUCCCACUAUUUUAAAACCACUCCAGCAGUCAAAUGUAGGGCCCCACACUGAAUACUAGCUAUCUAUUAAAAAUACUUCAAAGAAGAAGAAAGUCAGAAUAAGUAAAGACUUUUGGUCAUCCUCCAUUUCCCAUUAUGCAUUUGUAUGUCAGCUCCUCCCUGCCUGGUAAACAUCCCACAUCUUUCAAACCCCAUAUUCCCACUGGAACACUGGUUUUCUGUAUGCUUGCAGCUUUUUUCAGACUUGACAAAGCUCCUCCAGAACCACAGAAGACAUUACACAACAGUUUUCCCUGUGUGGGCAGCUCAUGCUAAAUAAGUCGACCUUUAGGGUGUCUCAUGAUGUUGCUUUGAUGUUUAAGAAAGCAUCGGCCCUCCUCUGACCGAGACAAAGGAAUCAUUAGUAACAUGGCCAGUAAGGUCUGAAUUGAUUUUGAUGGUUCUUCGUCACACGGUAAUAUUGUUUUAAUUGAAUUACACCAUGUCCACACCACAGUAACAAUCUGGGAAAAACCCCUCAGCUGUUUGUCAACACACAGAGUUGGACUUUAAACAAUGAGCAUGUGUGCAAUUUUACAACUUUAACCUCAUGUGCUCCGUUGAAAGUUUGUGCUUGAAAAUAAAUAGGGUUUGUCUUU